ACCUUUACACUAGACAACGCAAAGAGUUUGGUUCUGAAUAUCCUAUUGCACUUCAUACUAAUUUUGGUUGGGUCAUUACAGGCAGCUACCAUCUCAGUAGUGAUGCUCACAACCACGCACUAGCACAUCACGCGCACGAGGAUCUGGACACUUUGGUUCGAUCGUUCAUGGACAUGGAACGAGUUCAACCAAGUGACGCUACCAUUGAUGCUAGUGAUCCCGCUGAGCAACACUUCGUUCAUACGCACGCCCGCAGAAACGAUGGCGUGUACAUCGUCCAAUACCCGUUCAAGGAAUCUGCCCCUCCGAUGGGGUCCACACUGCCACAAGCACUACGACGCUUUUCUUCUCUCGAGCGGAAAUUUCGAAAAUUUCCUGCGCUCAAACAACAGUAUGUCGAGUUUAUGGAGGAUUAUAUACAACGAGGACACAUGGAGGUGAUUCCUUCUAGUACCGUAGAAAACGGUCCCGCCAAUCACAAUUACUUAGCACACCACGCAGUAUUUAAACCAGAUAGCACCACCACGAAAUGCCGAGUUGUAUUCGAUGGCUCUGGGGAGGACUGCAAUGGAUCUUCACUUAAUUCACGACUACACAUCGGACCACCUAUUCAAAGGGAUUUACUUGGAGUAUGUCUACGUUUCCGUCAGCAUCGCUAUGUGUUUUGUACGGACAUUGAGAAAAUGUUUAGAGGCAUCCUGGUUUCAGAAGAUCACACGCAUUACCAACGGAUUGUCUGGCGAAAGGAGGAGACUGCUACACUCGAUCAUUAUCGAUUGCUGACCGUGACGUAUGGUUUAGCGUCUUCGCCGUUCUUGGCUGUUCGAGUCCUCAAGCAGAUCGCGCAAGAUCAUGCCGAUUUGUAUCCGAAGGCUGCUGCUGUGCUUGUACGAGACGCGUACGUGGAUGAUAUCCCUACUGGUUGCGAUAGUAUCGACGAUCUCAUUGCACUCAAAGAUGAAUUAAUUUUGCUAUUGAGCCAAGCUCAAUUUAAACUUCGAAAAUGGAGUUCAAACUGUUGGUCACUACUCAAAUCGCUGCCACAGGACAUUUGUGAGUAUCCACUUGAAGCCCUAGAGGGAAAGAGCCCAACUCAAUAUGUCAAGGUUCUUGGAAUACGCUGGGACCCGGCUGUGGACGAGCUUUCCUUCAAGUUGACCAUUCCCGACGCCACAGGGGUUCUGACAAAACGGAUUUUGCUGUCCGAGCUUGCCAAGAUCGCCGAUGCGUCAUCUCAUGCAUACGCCGCUGUCAUCUACAGUCGCGUGAGAGUCAAUAAUGACUACGCUGUAACACUGAUCGCCGCAAAAACCCGGGUGGCACCCAUCAAACCUAUCUCCAUCCCACGGCUCGAUACUUCGUGUUGGUCAGACUCCGAAAUUGUACUACAUUGGCUCUCAUCACCCCCACGGACUUGGAACACUUAUGUUUGUAAUCGCACGGCUGAGAUUCUAGAAGCUUGCCCACGUAGCUGCUGGCAACACAUUCGCACUGAGGACAAUCCCGCGGACUGUGCAUCACGCGGACUUUUACCAAAGGAUCUGGUAGAACAUCAACUGUGGUGGAAUGGACCACCGUGGCUUUCCCAAUCACAUCGCACUUGGCCACCUGUUAAGGCCAAGUUCGCACUGUCGACUGAGGACGCUGAGCGGAUGGAAGUAAAGGUCAAGCCCCAAGUUAGUCUACACAUUUCCAAUGAAGGAAAUGAUCUUAACUGUAUGAUCAACAAAGCUUCCUCCUGGUCACAUCUCUUGCGGACACUUAGCUAUUGCUUUCGGUUCGUACAUCGUCUUCGUUGCAAGGACCGCCUGUCAUCAUUUUUAUCGUCAUGGGAGCUUCAAUAUGCCCGCUCUAGGGUAAUCAAACAUGUCCAGAUGGAGUUCUUCCAAGUGGAGUACAGACAGCUGAGCACUGGACAAGCCCUUUCUCAAAAGUCCAAGUUGAUUCACUACACUCCAUUUGUUGACGACCAAGGAAUUCUGCGCGUAGGAGGACGCAUUGGAAACUCGAUGACAACCUAUGACGCAAAACAUCCCAUACUUCUUCCAAAGGAAUCACCAGUCGCUGUUUUAAUAGCUAGACACCAGCACGUCACAUCGUUACACGCUGGAGUCGAAUUUAUGUUUCACACGUUGAGACAGAAGUAUUGGAUCCUGGGAGCCCGUAACAUAGUCCGCAAAAUUGUAUUCAACUUCAAGAUAUGCUUCCUCCAGCGCAAAGGAACGAGUACACAACUCAUGGCUGAUCUUCCCGCCUUUCGCGUUCAGCCCACCCGCUGCUUUCUACAUUCUGGAUUGGAUUACGCUGGACCAGUUACCAUCAAGACAUCAGCAGGUCGGACACCGAAGUUUGGCAAAGCUUGGUUUGCCAUCUUUGUUUGUCUGUCCACCAAAGCAAUUCAUAUCGAGCUCGUCAGUGAUUUGACGACUCCUGCAUUUAUCGCCGCUUUCAAACGUUUUUGGUCUCGACGUGGCCCUAUAUCCGACUUGUACUCGGACAAUGGCACAACAUUCCAUGGAGCCAGAAAGGAACUAACGGAGAUGCAAUGGAUAGCUGUAUCUCAAAGUCAAGACGAGGAAAUUGCUAAUUUUCUGACGAGUCAGGACAUCAACUGGCACUUCAUUCCGCCAUCUGCCCCGCACUUUGGAGGUCUUUGGGAAACAGGCGUACGAUCUAUCAAACUCCACCUUCGCCGAGUAAUUGGUAGCAGUGCGUUAACCUUCGAGGAAUAUUCAACAAUUUUAACUCAGAUUGAAGGGUUACUCAACUCUCGCCCACUGUGCGCGCCCAGCGAUCACAGCUUGGAUCCCCUUACCCCCGCUCAUUUUCUUACAGGUCAACCUCACAUGUCGGUGCCGGAGCCGUCCUUGUUAGACGUCAACAUUAACAGACUGCAGCGUUGGAGACAACUGCAAGCCAAGGUUCAAGGAUUCUGGAAACGUUGGAAUCUGGAAUACCUUACUUCCUUGCAACCUCGCACGAAAUGGCAGCAGGAGUCCAACGACAUAACCGUGGACACUCUUGUGGUACUGAAGGAGCCAAAUCAACCGCCUAGCAAGUGGCUGCUUGGGCGAAUCACCGAAGUUCAUCCUGGCCAAGACGAGAGGGUUCGAGUGGUCACCGUCAAAACCGCCCGAGGAGUGUACAAGAGGCCUAUUACCAAACUUGCUGUGCUUCCCUUGUUCUGAACAGUCGUUCAGGGGGGCCGGUAUGGUGAGAAAUGAGCCUCGUAGUUUUUACAUGUAUAUUGCGAUUGACCUAUUUACACGCUCAUGAUUGUAGUACACCGCCUAAGUAACUAUUUUUACGCGCAUAGCUGUGUUGUUGUUUACUCGGGUCCAGAACAUAGCUGUAAUGUUCUCACACGCAUGGCCAGACCCGCAGCUGCACACGCACACAGCGAUGCGUUCCGUUGUUUUGCAUUGAAACCGUCGCGUCGAGUCUUAUCGCGUGAUCUUUCAAUUCCCUUUUGCUCGACUUCUUUUCGCGGAGUUGAUGCAGUAGAAACUUCGAGACGAAGCCGCCCGCACACAUAGUUUGUACCGCCGCAGAAUCGA